CGUAGCUGCAGCCCCCAGCCACACGCCUCCGCUAGCUUUACGCUAGGAGAUAGCGAUCUUUGAUGAGUCUGCACAUCGCCAGCCUUUUUUUGAUGGCCCAGCGCUGACAAAUGGCAAGCGGACACUCUCAAGCUGCUUCUCGUCGUGACUCGCCAUGUGGCAGGGCACCUCAUACAUUAUGCAAAAAGAGCUGAGUUCGACACUGAUGGAGAAGAUGCAGGCUCAGGAGCUGCUGCUGGGUCUGCGGCUGCCCGAGCUGGAUGAGCUGGGACAGUUUUUCCACUCGCUGCCCACCUCCACGCUGGUGGGCCUGGGUGCCCUGACUGCGGUGCUGGCCUACUGGCUGGCCACACGCCCUCGUGGCAUCACACCCCCAUGUGACCUCCGCCACCAGUCAGAAGAAGUCGAGGGUGGUGGUCGAAGAUCGAUGUUGGGCGACAGUCCCGAGCUCCUCGCACACUACCACGAAGACGCCAAAACCUUGUAUGAGGUGUUUCAGCGAGGCCUGCACAUAUCUGGUGAUGGACCAUGUUUAGGUUCCCGCCUCCCUAAUCAACCUUAUAAAUGGCUGUCUUAUAAAGAGGUUAUGACUCGAGCAGAGCAUUUGGGUUCAGGCUUACUGUCUCAGGGCUGCCGGCCCAAUUCUGACCAGCUCAUUGGAGUGUUUGCACAGAACAGGCCGGAGUGGAUAAUCGCAGAACUAUCUUGCUACACCUACUCUAUGGUGGUCGUACCACUUUAUGACACACUGGGGCCUGAUGCCAUUCGAUACAUUAUCAACAUUGCUGAGAUCUCUACAGUGAUCUGUGAUAAGCCUGAAAAGGCAAAGGUGCUUCUGGGUAAUGUGGAAAGGAAGGAGACUCCAGGCCUGAAGAGGAUCAUACUCAUGGACCCUUUCGACUCAGAGCUUGUGGAACAGGGAGAGAAGUGUGGCGUUCAGAUCCAGGCUCUAAAAAAUAUUGAGGCUUUAGGACGAGAACAUUACAGAAAUCCAGUGCUGCCUCAACCAGACGACCUCUCGAUUGUCUGCUUCACCAGCGGUACUACAGGAAAUCCAAAGGGCGUGAUGCUUACACAUGGGAAUGUUGUAGCCGAUUUCUCUGGCUUUCUGAAAGUAACUGAUAAAGUCAUCCGUCCAAAUCAAGACGACGUGCUAAUUUCCUUCCUGCCCCUUGCCCACAUGUUUGAGAGGCUUAUUGAGGCUGUGGUGUAUUGCCAUGGAGGGAGAAUCGGCUUUUUCCAGGGUGAUAUCCGACUCCUUUCAGACGAUAUGAAGGUCCUGCGGCCCACCAUCUUCCCCGUGGUGCCUCGGCUGCUCAACCGCAUGUAUGACAAGAUAUUCAGUCAGGCCAAUAAUCCAGUGAAGCGCUGGCUCCUCAACUUUGCUGCGAAGAGAAAAGCUUCUGAGGUCAGCCGUGGCGUCAUCCGGAGUGAUAGCAUUUGGGACAAGAUCUUCUUCAGGAAGAUUCAGGCAAGUUUAGGUGGUAGGCUACGCAUGAUUAUUACGGGGGCUGCUCCCACAUCCCCAACUGUUCUUGGCUUCCUGAGAGCAGCACUGGGCUGUCAGGUAUAUGAAGCCUAUGGGCAGACAGAGUGCACAGCUGGCUGCACUUACACCACGCCUGGAGACUGGACCUCAGGUCAUGUGGGAGCACCACUGCCCUGCAACCUCAUUAAACUCGUGGAUGUGCCGGAGAAGAACUACUUUGCCUCCAAAGGAGAGGGCGAGGUGUGUGUCAAAGGUCCAAAUGUCUUUAAAGGCUAUCUGAAAGACCCGGUUAAGACAGCAGAGACUCUGGACUCUGAUGGGUGGCUUCACACAGGAGACAUAGGCAAAUGGUUACCGAAUGGCACUCUAAAAAUCAUAGACCGGAAGAAGCACAUCUUUAAGCUGGCCCAAGGAGAGUACAUUUCUCCCGAGAAGAUCGAAAAUAUCUACAUCCGCAGUGAGCCUGUGUCUCAGCUCUACGUUCAUGGAGACAGCCUGCAGUCUUGUCUGGUUGGCAUAGUGGUUCCAGAUCCUGAGGUGAUGCCCUCAUGGGCCCAGAAAAAAGGCUUAGAAGGAAGCUAUGAAGAUCUGUGUAGAAAUAUGGAACUAAAGAAAGCCAUCUUAGAUGACUUAGUGCGUUUGGGCAAAGCCAGCGGCCUCCACUCAUUUGAGCAAGUAAAAGACAUCUACAUUCAUAGUGAGAUGUUCUCCAUAGAAAACGGAUUGUUGACCCCCACGUUAAAAGCCAAGAGGCCGGAGCUGAAGGAAUAUUUUAAGCUAGAGAUUGAACAGCUGUACAACAACAUCUCGAUGUAAAAGUUGCCCGUCACCAGACAAAGGCUGAGGACUUUUCUUUUUAGCGACAUUGCUGAUUAACCAUUUGUCCUUAAAUUCCCUCAUCCAAACUCCUAGCAGACACAAAAAAGCACGCAGAAUGAGCCAUGCACAACGAAAUGGAGCAAGAUCCAGGUUGUCUGACCUAGAAGAGCAGCCGUACUUUGCCCAGGUUGUCAACAGUUGGUGUGCCUUUGGAAAAAGUGGCGUAGCUACAACCAAAUUUGUCCCCACUAAAAAAAGCAGUAGCAGCUCCGACUAGCGUGGGUGUUUCCUUCAUUUCCUUCAUGACAAAGCAAGGCGGUUUUCCAUGGUUCAUGUCCAUUCACAUGUAUUUUUUUUUUUUCAAUUGUCAAAAAAAAAAAAAGAAAUUUGGUCAAAGGGCAAUGCAUGUUAUGUACCCAGCACUCAGUGGGACGAUUCUUGCUUGAGAUUUCUAGUUUGUUUUUUCAGGUCUUCAUGAAACACGUACACACUCGCAGACACGUACACAGCUUACACAAUCAUCACACGAUAGAACGCUAUUACGCUAGAUAGUUACAUUCUACUGAAUUUGCUCGCUUGAGACAAGUGAGCAUGCCAUGGACUUAGAAGUUUUGGACUUGUCAAAUGUAUUGGCUUUUCAGUUCUUUUCCAUUCCAAAAAAUAGUGUAAAUAUUGGUGAAAACUAGAUGUAAGCAUAUUUAAGCAACGGUUUGAAUGGAUUUUUGCGUGUAGUGAAAAAAAACUGUAACUGUAAUUAAAUGUUGAAUGAAUCAGUAUCAUAUCUUUGUAUUUAAAAAGGGGGGUAUGGAUGGGGACUAAAAUAAAAGAGAAUCUGUUAAGAUUUCAA